AUGGCGACUGAUGCGGCAGUGAGCAAAGAUGGGCUUUUCAUUCCCCUCAUCGACUUCUCCAAGUUCUUGAAUGGCGACGCAACUACACGGCAAGAGACCGCCAAGGCCAUUCUCAAUGGCUUCCAAGGCGCUGGCUUCAUCUAUCUCAAGAACCACCCCAUUCCGAAAGACACAGUAAAGCACACCUUUGCCAUGUCGGCAAACUUCUUUGCACAACCUCUCGAGAAGAAAGCGGUACUAGGAUGGACCACUCCACAGGCCAACCGCGGCUACGUGGCUCAAGGGCGUGAGAAAGUUACCUUGCUGGAGGACCAUGCCGAGGUGGAAAAGGUUCGUAGCGCAGUGCCAGACUUGAAGGAGAGCUUUGAGAUUGGCCGCGACGAUGAGGCAGGCCACCCGAACAACUGGCCUAGCGAAGAGGGCUCCAUUACUGGCUUCAAGACGGAUAUGAAGGACUUUUUUGAGCAGUGCAAGGCUUUGCAUAUUGAAGUCAUGCGGGCUAUCGCUUUGGGGAUGGGAUUUGAAGAGAGCUUUUUUGAUCGGUUUGUUGACGUUGGCGAUAAUAACCUGCGGCUGCUACACUAUCCGGAAGUCAAGUCUGAGAUUUUCAAUACCCCAGGCCAAGUUCGUGCUGGGGAGCACAGCGAUUAUGGAUCCAUCACUCUUCUCUUCCAGGAUAACCGGGGCGGUCUGCAGGUCAAGAGCCCCAACGGAACGUUUGUCGAUGCAACUCCCAUGGAGGACACCAUCGUCGUCAACGCCGGCGAUCUGUUGGCGAGAUGGAGCAACGACACCAUUAAGAGCACCAUUCACAGGGUAGUAGAGCCGCCGCGGAAGGAGGGCGCGACGUAUCCUUCACGAUAUAGCAUUGCAUACUUUUGCAACCCCAACUUCAAGGACCUUAUCGAGGUGCUGCCGGGGACAUAUGCAACGGAGAAGGAGAAGAAGUAUGACAGCAUCAAUAGCGGCGACUACCUCGUCCAGAGACUCACCGCGACGUAUUGA